AAGAGAAUCCACUGAAAACCCCCGAGCUAUGUCUCUCUCUAUAUAUGUCACCAAGUACGUUGAAAGAAAGUCAUCCUCCAUUUUAUUUCGGAGGCAUGUCUUCACAAUUUUCAUGGCUGAAAAUGCCCUUUCUGUUGUUGCAGUAGAAACCGGAAGUGUUAGCAAGAGGCGGAUUACCCUAUCAAGAAGAGGAUAAAUUAUUGACUUUUGAGUCUUCGUCAAUAAUUCACACAAUUCUGCUAGUGUUGAUGCUUUCUUCAACUCCGGAUUUUUUUUAGCAUCAUAUUUGAAAUGCUCCAACUGAAUCCUCAAGUGUUCCUUUUCCAUUACAGAAAAGUCAUCAGGAUAAAAUUUGCUCACAAGUUUGCAUAUGUCUUCAAUCUGAAAAGACUUAUAAUCGUCUCUCGGAUCCAAAGCAGAACUAAGGACAAGUAACUCUACCACAUCCUCAUUGAAGCGAUAAUUCAGUUCAAGCAUAAGCUUAUCCACAACAGAGUUAAAUAUAUCAAAUUUAUAGUGAUGCUCCACCGUAAGAAAGUCUCUGUUGUUCCUUUGAAGGCGGGGUCGACCUCGCCCAGCUUUAUAUGCAGCACUGAAAUCUGGGAUCUCUAUUUCAUGUUGUGGGCAGAAUAAUUUCACUUUAUCAAAUCUGACUUCCAUGGAUGCAAAAUCAAGCUCUCGGACCUUUGUUCAAGAUCCGGUGAAAUACAAUGAAUGCAUGGAGGAUCUUGUGGUUCCGGAUAGCGAAGAGGAGUCGGACGAGGUAAACGGUGAAGGUUUGUUGGAGCUGGUGGUUCCGGACAGUGAAGAAGAGUUGGACGACGAACAUGGUCAACUUCCGACAGAGGCUGUGAUACCGGACAGUGAAGAGCAUAAGGAGAUGGAUGAAGUUCCAGAGUCUGAAGCCUCAAGAAGACGGAGAGAGGUGCAAAACCACCCUAUUCGCAAACCCCGUUUGGAGGCCUUCUUAAAAAUCAUUAUAAAUGGCUGGGAGUCUAGGAUGUGGGACAUCGACACAUAACAGGGGAGUUUCUAUCUUAACUUGUCCUCCUGAUUUCAUGUGUCUGACCGAUUUUGCUUCAUUGCAUGAAUGGUCCUUUUCUUAUGUGAAAGUGUUUGAAUUUGGGGUAGCAAUAAUGAUGAGUGUAUGGUAUGUUUAGGACUGAAAUUGUUGGUUGUCAUCUGUGAUGAAUAUUUGAGGAUGCUUUGGAUGUUGUGUAUGCUUGGAUGGUAUGUCAGGCUGCUGUGAUGACCAUUCCAGGUCUGAGCAAGCAUUAACCCAGGUUGCUAUGUUGACCAUUCCUGGUCUGAGCAAGGCUUGUGGCAGGCUGGUAUGAUGACCUUCCCAGAUCCUAGCAAGCAUUAACCCAGAUGUAAGCAUGGUAUGCAUGUUUGGUUGGUAUUAUUCUAUGUUGUGAUGACUAUGCCAGGUCUCAAUAACCCUUGUGGCAGGCUGCAAUGAUGACCACAUGUGAUCUAAGCAAGCAUUAGCCCAGGAUGUUAUGUUGACCAUCCCAGGUCUGAGCAAGGCUUGUGGCAGGCUGGUAUGAUGACCUUCCCAGGUUUUAACAAGCAUUAGCCCAGGUCUAAGCAUGAUCUGCAGAAGAGCCUAAUGAAGAUGAAGCCAGAUCUUCAUUUAUGGAAGGUGCAGAAGCAGUUAAUGAAGAUGAAGCCAAAUCUUCAUUUAUGGAAGGUGCAGAAGCAGUUAAUGAAGAUGAAGCCAAAUCUUCAUUUAUGGAAGGUGCAGAAGGGGAAGAAGAAGACUGGGCAACAUUUAUGUUGGCUACCAUACAUUGCAUGUAGUCCGUGUGUAGUCUAGUGCGUUGUGUGUGCGUGCUAUGUGUAGUAAAUUCUUCUUUUAGAAAGUGUAAUUAUAGAUGCUAAAAAGGGAGGGAAAUUUCGGAGGGAAGUUUUUAUGUAAGUAGGGUUUUUGCAGGAAAUUAUCCCUUCUUUU